UGAGAAAUUUUCCAGGUGGGCCAUGGAAAUCUUAAGGCAUAGAGAUGGGAUUUUUUGUCCAAACAAAGCAAAUCUAAUGGCUUAUUGCUUUAGGGUUGGACCCACAAGAAGAUUUCAUGUCUCACUUUCUCGUCUUCUCUAUAUAAACAGACUCACUGAUUAUUCUCUAACUCCUUCUUCUCCUCUUGAUCAUUUGCUGUCAAGUCUCAAAAACUGUUUCUUCUAAAUGAGACGAAAGGGUCACAGUCACGGAGCAGUGUCGCCUUGUGCCGCGUGUAAGCUUCUCCGGCGAAAAUGUGUGGAAGACUGCGUCUUUGCUCCAUAUUUCCCGGCUAAAGAGCCUUACAAGUUUGCCAUUGUCCAUAAGAUUUUCGGUGCUAGUAAUGUCAAUAAGAUGUUGCAGGUGCUGUCGGAAAACCACCGGAGCGACGCCGUGAAUUCGAUUGUGUACGAGGCCAACGCGAGGGUUCAGGAUCCUGUGUACGGAUGUGUAGGAAUAAUAUCAUCAUUACAGAGACAACUCGAGACUCUCCAAACUCAGCUCGCUUUUGCUCAGGCCGAACUGGUUCAUAUGAAAACGCUCCACCGUAUUGACACUAAACCGCCACCCUACAUGGCGAGUGGCAUUAGUUUUCCGGCGAACAAAGACUUAUCUAAUGACGUCGACAUGGCUUUUGCGUACGAGAAUGGUGCCGGAGAGUCCCUUUGGUCGUGCUAGCUUUAGCCUGAUCUUAUCCUUGCAAUAGUUUUUUAAGAAAUGAUAAGAUUAUAUGCUAUAUAGCCUGUGUCAUAUGAACGUGGUAAGUGUAUAACUAAAGUAAAUCAAAGUAGCAACUAAAGAAUUAAGAUUAUAAA